AUGGCUAGUGUUGAUCUUAUAGUCCGCCCUACAAAUUUAAAUCUUUUCAAAGGUUCUGUAAUGCAUUACGGGCCCUAUGGUUUUGCUUCAGACCAAUACAAACCAACAAUUUCGACCUUAGAUAUUAAUUGGCAAUCAACAAUAGGCCAAAGAAUUGGGCCCAGUUUUUUGGACAUUUUAUUCAAUUCAAUUCAAUUCAAUUCAAUUUAUACGCAUAAAACGUGA